AUGGGAGGGUGUUACAUGCAGCCGGCGUCACCAAAGGGUCACAACGUUAUAUCUUCCUCAUUCAAAAUUGGAGGGGUCUCUAUUACCAUCUAUUGGAAAUCUGAGUUACAGUUUUUACGCCUUGAAAAUAAUUUAUUUGGAGGGGAAAUUCCUAGAAACUUAUCAAGUUGUGUCAACCUUGAAGUUCUUGACAUUUCCUACAAUAAGCUUGAAGGGACAAUUCCAGGGGAGCUUGGAUCUUUAUCUAAGCUCCAUGAACUCUAUGUAACCUGCAGCAAUCUGUCAGGAGAAGUGCCACCUUCCAUUGGCAAUUUGUCAUCUCUUGAGAUACUUAUAGCAACUAGAAAUCAAUUUGAAGGAAGAAUUCCAGCAACACUUGGUCGGUUGAAGAGGAUUCAAGUGAUUGCAUUUGCAUCAAAUAAGCUAUCAGGUACGAUUCCACCCUCAAUCUACAACAUAUCUUCGCUUGAGGAAAUCGCUUUUCAGCAUAACCAACUUAAAGGGGGUCUACCCAUAGACCUAGGCUUCACUCUUCCUAACCUUAAAGUGCUAAGUGUUCGUGCCAACCAAUUUACCGGACCCAUUUCUCCUUCAAUAGCCAAUGCCUCAAAUCUAUUGACACUUAGAAUUUCACAAAAUAGAUUUAGCGGAAAGGUGCCCACGUUGGAGAACCUACAUAAACUACCGGAGGUUGUAAUUUCUCUGAAUGAAUUAGGAUAUGGGGAAGAAGAUGACUUGAAGUUUCUCAGUUCUUUGCAAAAUGCUACGAGCUUAGAGAUACUGGUUAUUGGUCAUAACAGAUUUGGAGGUAUGUUGCCAAAAGUUAAUGGAAAUUUGUCGACCCAACUUAGAAUACUAUCAGUUGCAAACAAUACAAUGUUUGGAAAAAUCCCAACAGGAGUAGGCAAUCUUGUUAACUUGUGGGCUUUAGAUCUAAGGUUGAACCGAUUUACAGGCCAUAUUUCCAGCAAUAUUGGGAAUCUUCAAAAGCUACACAUUUUGCAAGUCAAUGAGAACAGGUUGUCUGGGGAUAUACCGUCUUCUCUAGGCAAUCUAACACUGUUAACCAGACUUAGACUAGAUAGAAACAACUUACAGGGGACCAUUCCAUCAAGUCUUGGGAGAUGCACUAAUUUAGAAGUAUUAAAUCUCUCUGAUAACAGUCUAAGUGGUAGCAUACCCCCUAAAGUAACUGGUCUCUCGUCCUUGUCAAUUGAUCUUGAUCUAUCUCGAAACCAAUUGUUUGGUUCCCUACCCUCCAAUGUUGGUAACUUUAAAAAUCUAGAAGGUCUAUGUAUAUCUGAGAAUAAAUUGUCUGGUGAAAUUCCUGAUAGUUUAGGCACUUGCGUUAGGUUGCAAUGA